AUGGUGCCCGACAGUGGCCGCUUCACCCGCUGCCCGGCGGAGCGGCGGAGCAUGGGGGUGCUCGCGGAGCCUGGAAGCCGCGCCCGCUGGGCGUGCUUGAGUGUUGGCACGAUUCGGUACACGAAUUUGCUCCAGAGCAAGCACGCUCGCCUCGCUUCGCAUAAAUGGGAGGCAUGUGCUACCGGCGCUGCGCGAACAGCGGAUUGCAAGGCCAACCCCCCGUUGGGUGGACGCGAGAGGGUCGCGGCAUUCAAGUUGUUCUGCUGGACAUGCUUUCAGGGGUCAUCAGCGAUCUGGCUUUGUGUGGGGCGCGGUGGCCUCCAGGCGACCACUGCCACCGUUGGCCAUCGGUGA